AUUAUUUUUUGCGCUUAUUCUUGUAUUUCUACUUCACUCUUAAGCAGAAUUUGCGCACCCUUAAUGGCUCCUAAUAGGACUUCGCUCAAGCGACCCUUUUCAGGCUGGGAUGAAAAGAGAGAAUUGAUGUCAACGAAGAGACGCCUACGUUCCACUAUUCACCCUUCAACAUUAAAUGGACUUCCGGUAGGCCGACUUUGCGAAAACUGCUCAGAGUUGGACAUACUAGCCAUGUUCCAAGCGGCAUCGAGAGAGAAAAGUAUCGGUUUCUGGCACAACCAUGAAAACACUAGUUGCACCUUUUGUCAGCUGAUAUUAAGGUGUCUCCGCCUUGCUCACAAACGCACGAACAAAUCAACCCAAAGGUGUACCAUGCCCAACGCCAAUGCUGUCUCAUUGUUCAUCAGAAGUCAUCCUUGGUUCCACAGCUGUGACAGUUAUACGGGCCCUGAAUCAGUCCGAACACGCAUCCUGCUGGGAACGGAUGCAAAACCUACAGAUCGUCAAUCGAAGCAGUCUUACAGUCACGGAGUUCACAAGAAUUUAAGAUUCGUUCUUGCAGAAGUGGAUCUCGUUCCGCAAAUCCAUAACAUGGGUGUCACUGGUACUGAAGACCACAAACAACUGUCUCAAAGGCCGUUUGGUUCACGAAGGCCAAUAAAAAGCACUGUGGAAAUCAGCCUCUUGCGGCAGUGGCUACGUGCUUGCCAAAGCCAUAGCCACGCACAAGAGUCCGUUCAUACUCUUAGGACAAUUUUGUUCUCUGGCCUCGGUUUCCGGCUCAUUGACGUUUACGACGAAUGUCUUGCCUCAGUAACGGACCCAUGCGAUUACCUUGCCCUGUCGUAUGUGUGGGGAGGCACUGAUCCAUUCGCACUUCGUACUACGAAGCGGAAUCUUUCUAUCUUAUGCAAAUUUCGAGCUCUGGACCAGGCAACACAUACUCGAACAACCGGCAAGAGGAUUUCUCGAACGCUCCGAGAUGCUAUACAACUUACCCGAGACCUAGGCUACAGAUAUUUGUGGGUGGAUGCACUUUACAUUGUUCAAGACGAUCUGGAUGAAAAGAAACGCCUAAUUCAUGGCAUGAAUCACAUCUACGAAUGUGCCGCUCUUACAAUUGUGGCCGCUGCGGGUGCGGAUGCAGAUGCCGGACUACCUGGAGUAACACCUCGAAAGGAUCAACCGUUCGAGAAAAUCUAUCACGCUGUUGGAAAACAAGGACCCAUCGAUCUAGCGAUCACUCGUCCUUCCUUGGUUGAGACCAUCAAGGAGAGCUGUUGGGCCACUCGUGCAUGGACAUACCAGGAACAAUGUCUAUCGCAGCGCUGUCUGUAUUUCACAGAGCAAGAAGCGUUCUUUGCUUGUAGCCAAGAUACGCACUGGCGAGAAGGCUACGCACUGGAAGAUUAUGCGCCACGAAUAUCAGUCAGGCUGGGAACUGCACAUUGGUAUAACCAAUGGGGGGAUACAACUAUAUCGCCAUAUCGAUACUUGGGCGAUUCAAGUCGCCCGCUUAACCUCUCGGACUACAAAGCCAUUACGUAUAAUUUUCUGUGCCGCAAAUCCACCCGGCAGGACGAUCGGCUCAAUGCUUUUGCGGGGAUGUUCAACCGCUUUUACGCGUCAAGUCCUCAUAAGGACAUUAAUGUGAGCUCGUGUCAAGGGAUUCCACCGCAAUUCCUUCCGGACGCGUUGUUUUGGUUCUCUUCCACUCCGCGCAUUUCACCGGGGAACCAUAUCAGAGAAUCAAAGGAGUGUAGCACACAAUUCUCGAGCUGGUCAUGGGCUUCCCAGACAGGACCGGUCAAGUUCUACUUCCCGCGGCUUGAUCAGCCUUUCGUAUCGAAGUGGUUCUUCUCAGCUCCUAGUCAAGGAGACGGGAGCAUGGUCAUAUGCAACACAUCAUGGUAUGAUGGUAAAGUACCAAUAGGGUGGCAUCGCGACAAUCAGAGACUAUGGUUUCGCGAGGAGAUGGGACUAUCCAUAUGUCCCGAGCAAGCACCAGAGGGAACAACACUGAGCUGUUCUGAUCCUAACGCAGCAAUCCUAGGUUUCUGGGCGCCAUGUCUCCGUUGUAGUAUGUCUGUAAGAAGAGUAGCAGAUGAGGAUAAAGAGCUCCCUCUAAGGAUCGAAAGGGGUCGUUACGAAAUCGGCAGCGCUGCGUUGGAUUAUGAAGAUGGCACAGGAGCCGGAGAGUGCUCUCUCCUGAUCGCAUUGGGACCACCAAGAGUACUUGCUGACCAAGCAUGGAAACAGGGAAGUAGAAAUGGGCAGGAUGAUAUUUGCGUGUUGGUGGCCAAAACAGAGGGAGAAUUUAGCUACCGGCUUGGAAUUGGUACGGCAUGGGUAUACAAUACGGAACAAACACGGAGGAAAAUUGGGAUUGAGUGGGCCUGGGAGUUUAUCAAGUUGCGUUAGUAGUAGAUGGACGAGAUAAGAUGGACGCGGUUCAA